UGUCUCUCUCUCUCUCUCUGUCUCUCUGUUUUUGGUGACGAGGUCCGGGGUUGUAGGAAAUACGGUUCUUAGCUGGUCUGCGUCGCACAACUCUUACGUCUGUCUGUAUUCCUCUUUCACUCGACCGAUCGGCCGGUCUAGUCUGGGCGGAAUCAUGCGUAAUCUGCAUUAUGUUUUAUCUCUUAUUUUGCAUGGCCGAUGUCGCUGUCGCUAUGCAGCCGCUCCUGUUGCUAUCGCUAUUGCUACUACGGUUCCCUGUUUUGCUGACCGCCUCGCUUAAAAUCCUUUGCUCCGUGUCCAUUAUCUUGUUCGUCCUUGAAACGCAUACUUUGUUGUUGGCGACGUCAAUGUCGUCGUUGGUUGUUGGACGUGCUCGUGUUGCUGCUAAUUCGUUCCGUUUCAAGCGCGUUAGCUCUGCUUCCUUCGCUCCCUUCCUUCGCUCCCACGGCUCCUGGCCCCCACUCCCGGAUUCCCCUCGCCAUUUCCUCAUCCGCCGUGCCGUCGCGCGCGUAGCGCAACGUUGCUGCGUCGGGCCCGGGUCGCCACAGAUGUCAACGGCGCUGGUGGACAACGGCGGCGAUGGAGAACGGGCCGGGCAACGGGCAACGGGCAACGGGCGGGGAGGACGAUGUCACUGUUAUGCUGUCCAUCACUGGACGACGCAAUUCGUGCGUCCGUCCCUGGGAUUCGGAUGCGGUGACGGGCUACGGCAGUAGUACGAUGCUGCUGUUGCUGGGGUUGCAACGUGUUCGGCUGCAUGUAGGCGCAUGUGUCUCCGUGGCGGGGAGGGGCGGCCCUUGGGAUCCGGAAGCUGUUUGGAAGCGCGCUGAUGGGGCUGCUGGCUGGCUGGCUGAGUGGUUGUACCGAGUACUACAUGCGUCGUCGUAGGUGGUUGUUAUUGUGGAAACAUGCCUUGACAAGACGUCAUUCAUUCACUCGCUGCAGGUCCAUCAACUCCCUACCUAGAGUAGGUACCUAGCCUCUAACUACCCACAUACAUCCACCCAUAGGUACUGACGUAGACG